UGUUAAUCGUUUGCGCUGUGUGUGUUUUUCUUGAUGUCUGUUACUCACCUGCUCUAAGUAGUGAAGCACCGUCCUGCGUGACCAUAGUGGCCCGUCUGCUGCUUCCGAAGGAGCGACGUGUUGGAGAAGAGAAGAAAUAAAAGUGGUCUCUUGUGUCUAGAUAAGCUAGAAGAAGAAACCUUCAGCCAACAUCGGAGGCAGUAUCGGAAUUUUGUGUUCCUAGUCGUGGGAGCUUGUGGGGAUCUAAAGUUUAGUGAAGGUUUCUGUGAAAAAUUGUUCCCCGAACAUCUGGUUCUCGAAGGGCUACCAUUGUUUUACCCAUCGCGGCCACGAAAGUGUGCGGAAACGGGGUGGACUUGCGCUGGUGUACUUCUGGAGCUAUGUUUGUGACAGGAAAAUCAUAUCAAUAAAGAGGAAGACGUCGACAUUGUUAAAGGAAAAAAAAUCAAUCAUCUAAAGAAACUUUUCCGAGAGGAAAAGGAAAAUUGCCAAGAAAAACGUAGAUUUAAUUCUGAUUUAUUUCGAUUGGUACGAGAACAAGAAGAAAUAAAAUAAAUAUAAAUUCGCAUUAUUCGUGAUCUAAUGGUGGUUUUUCGGAAGCAAAAGAUAAUGGAGUAAGAUUUUAUCGCAAACUUGCUGCGAAACAAAGUGCCAGUCAGCAGAAGUUCUUUUUUAAGAAGUUGAAAGCCGAAUAAGUUUCCCGUUCCUACGGUACAGGUCGUACUCAGGUGUUGUAAAAUUUGCACAUUGCUUGUCGGUUUUGUCAUUGUCUGUGACCGCUAAAAGAAGAGCCAAGUGUAAAACAAAAUAAUUACGGUUUAUGUAAGCAUUUUUCAUGUGAAGGGAAAGUUUAUCAAAGCCAUUUCAGAAUCCGCAUCCGACCGAAAGUGGUUGCGGUAGUGUUUAAAAAAAUAACAGCUUCUUAGCUGAAGAAGUUCAAUGUUCUGUAAUAGUGUCCAUCAUCGUCAUCAGUAUCUCGUGAAUAGUGCGGUGUUUCUUCGUCGGCAGUCUCCUGACUCUGCGCUUCGGCGAAGCAGUAAAUCUAAUUAGACGACAAGAUUGGGGGCUCUUUUCGAUUGUUAAAUAGAUACAACUUGUGGUCAUUAACCAGCGAACAAGAAGCCACAAGAACGAGUGCAAACAGAAGAAGAUCAUUCUUGGAGAAGACACGCACACAAGUCCAACAAAAAUACUGCGAGGGCUUCGGAACACCGCACGGUCAUCACCAGGCGGCACCACCAUCAGCACCGGUGGAUUUCUUAACAGAACAGAAACCUUUGAUCACAACAGCUUGAUCCGGACCGAUACCACCAGUUCAGCGCCAUCGUCACAGCAGAAGUCGUCACUCGAAACGCAGCAGCGGUCGAUCAAGUUCCCAUCGUCGCCGGUUCGCCGUUAGACCACUUUUGAGAUCGGGGUUGCUAUUUACCAAAUAGCCACACUUCAAUAUGGAUAAAAUCUGCCUCAUCUGGGAAAGGUGACAGCACCUUUUCCGUGACCAUCACCAGACGGACGGAACGGAAGCACUAACCGUUGGCUUUUCCAGUGAACGAAAAAUGUAAACAAUUCCGCGAAUGAAGUGCUACUUAAGGCAAACAUCAUGGCCAAAGUUAGCCGUAACGGCUCUCUAGCUGGGGACGGAAUUUUGUGAUAGUUGAAAUUCAAAUUUGUCAACACUACAGUUGAAGGAGGGAAGAAGGUGCCAAGUAGGAGCUAACUAAACGGCAACCGAAAAGCCGGUAGAAUAAAUUAGCGGAAAAUAUUAAUAAACUUUGUAGGUGUGCCGUGGCGUGUGCGUUAAGUUGUUUUGUGUUUUUGCAAUGCGGUUAAGCGUUGAGUGUGUAUGUUAAGGUGCAACUUUGUUAAAAGAGCAAAAUACGUGAGACUGCGCACGUGGUGAGAGAAUAACCGCUGCAUGCAACCGAAAGCAGAAAGAGAGAAAACGCAAAUUUCGAAGAGAGCGUAACCGGCUUAGGUGUGGUGAAUAAGUCGGUCUAAGUAAGCUAAGGAGCCCGACGCUAAGCUAAGCACGAUGAAUCCAUACGCUGAGCACAACGUCAUCCGAGCGCCAUCUUUGAAGCGUGGAAAGAACGACGAGGGGCUUAACAAUCGGAUCAAGCUAAAGAAAAUCCUCGGCCUGACGGUGUGCAGCAAUGCCGGCCUGGACGUGUCGUCGACGAGUGGCGUUUUGGCCUAUCCAGCAGGAUGUACCGUGGUCCUGUUCAACCCGAAAAAGCUCACGCAGUCCUUCCUGCUCAACACGGCCAAGAAGGCCAUCACAGCGGUGGCAUACUCGCAGUGCGGGCGCUACCUGGCCACCGGAGAAUGUGGCCACAAUCCGUCCAUUAAGGUGUGGGAGCUGGAUGUCAACGGGAAUGCCAAUUACGAGAACGGAGCCGCCGGCAGUAUAGUGGCGGAAUUCUCCGGCCACAAGUACGCCGUUAGUUGUGUUGCUUUUUCACCCACCGGGAAGUAUCUUGUUUCGGUGGGCUCACAGCACGACAACAUUGUAAAUGUGUUCGAUUGGAAGGCCAAUCUGAAAAUUGCCUCCAAUAAGGUUACCGCCAAGGUCGUCGCUGUGAGCUUUAGCGAGGAUGGGAAUUAUUUCGUAACGGUAGGCAAUAGGCAUGUGAAGUACUGGUAUUUGGAGGGCAGCCGGAAGUACAAGGAACCGAUUCCGUUGAUGGGCCGGAGUGCGAUAUUGGGAGAGCUGCGCAACAAUGACUUCUGCGCGGUGGCCUGUGGCAAAGGAGAAAUGUCCGACAGCACGUAUGCGAUCACCAGGAAUGGACACCUGGUAGAGUUCAAUUCUAGGAGAUUGCUGGACAAGUGGGUCAUGUGUAGGACCAAUGCAGCAAAUUGUUUAGUCACUAGUACAAAGUAUAUUCUAGUGGGAUGCGCCGAGGCCAUUAUCAGAGUGUUCAACGCAGAAACCCUGGAAUACAUCACAACCCUACCGCGCACGCAUUUCCUCGGUGUGGAUGUGGCGCAGGGUCUUCAUAUCAAUCACAUGAUGUCGGUUCCACAAAAUGCCAAAUAUCCGGACACGAUAGCGAUCGUGUACGACGAAAAUCGCUGCAAGGUGACGAGCGUCUACAACGAUCAUAGCUUAUACAUUUGGGAUUUGCGGGAUAUCCGAAGGGUUGGUAAGAGCAAUUCUUUCCUGUAUCAUUCGGCGUGUAUCUGGGGGGUGGAAACUGUGCCAUUUAGCUAUCUGAAACACACCGUCUCGGAUACGCUGCCAUCGGAUAGCUUCCUGACGUGUUCUUCGGAUGACACCAUUCGGGUUUGGGACAUCGAAAACGGCGAAGGUACUGAACUUUACAGGAGGAACAUCUACAGCAAAGAGUUGAUGAAGGUAAUAUACAUCGACGAGGAACUCAACCACAUCAAGGAUAUUGACAAUCCGAUCCACAAUACGGAGAAAAGUUCCAGUUACGACGGUAGGAAUGGAGUCAGAUGCAUCAAAGUCAAUCCGGAUAACAGUCAGCUGGCUACUGGUGAUAGGAGUGGUAACAUUAGGAUCUACAACCUUAGUAAUCUCAAACUGAUCACAACGAUCGAAGCGCACGAUUCGGAAGUUUUGUGCGUGGAAUACACCAACGAAAAAAUCGAGCGCAAACUGCUGGCCAGUGCAAGUCGAGAUAGGUUAAUUCACAUUUUUGACUGCGAAGCAGGUUACAGGAUUCUGCAGACACUAGACGACCACUCGAGUAGUAUUACCUCAGUACGGUUUAUCGGUUCGGGCAAGCAGUUCCAGAUGGUGUCCUGUGGUGCCGACAAAUCCAUCAUCUUCCGUAAUUUCCAGAACAAUGUCUUUCUAAGGGGCAACAAUUGCGCCGGCAAAAAUACGCUUUACGAUAUGGAGGUAGAUAGUAAUUAUAAGCACAUUUUGACAGCGUGCCAAGAUCGGAACAUCCGAGUCUACAGCACACAAAACGCCAAACACACCAAGACCUUCAAGGGGUCCCAUUCGGACGAAGGAAGUUUAAUAAAGGUUAGUUUGGACCUUAGUGGUAUUUACAUUGCCACUUCCUGCACGGACAAAACACUAAGCGUGUACGACUAUUAUUCAAAUGAAUGCAUGGCUCGAAUGUAUGGUCACAGCGAAUUGGUUACUGGAUUGAAGUUUACAAACGAUUGUAAGCACCUGAUUUCCGCCAGCGGAGAUGGUUGUGUUUUUGUUUGGCAGGUUCCACAUGACAUGAUUGUAACAAUGCAAGCUCGGCUUUCUCAACAAGCGCUUCGAUCUGGUCACCAGCCAAUUCCGCGACCUCUAUCCAAUCCGUUCACUGACGCUAUUCUAGAUCACCCUGCGCCUCACACGGAACAGUUUGGAUCACCACCAAACAAUCUAUUUAUAGAAGACGCUCCUGUUACGCCAGGUUAUCGAUUCUCCGACGUGGGACAGCUGCCACAAUGGGCCAAGCGAAAACCCACAGAGGAUCAAUCAAAUUCUCCCGUUCUUGGUAGCAGCCCUAGCCAAAGUCAGACGUUUGGUGGUCCUCCAAAACCUCGUGGUCGAUGGGGUCAAAAGGGACAAUUUGAUGAAGCACUUGACUUACGAAAUAUAGUCGAUAGUCCUUUAAAUACCACUUACGGCAGUGAAAAGGCUGCUCUCCACCAUGCAAACAAUAACACCCCCACUUCAGGCUACAACAGUGGCAGCUCCAAAGAUGUUUACAGUAAUGCGUAUCUCAGCGAGGACAGUUCGAUCGAUAGUGGACGAGAAAAUCGACGAGAUAUUGCCUUUCUGCAGCAUAAGAAAAUAUCCGAGACAAAGGCGCUAAAUUCGCUAAAUUCGGAAUCAAAUACGGAGCAUGACGGAGACGUAGAGGACAUAUCGGAUGGAGAGCGAACCAGUUCCGAGCAUGGAAUGGUGUAUUACCCAACGGUGGCCCCUUCGACGCCAACAGAUUUCAAAAUCAACGAAAUCGACGUCAAUGAGCUACGGAAGUCAAUCCGGCGGCAGAAACUAGAGAAGCAAGGGUUGAGUAUCGCUGCUCAGCUGCAGAUGCAAAAUGCAGCCUCCACUGGGACUGGUACGGGAACUUCGGAGGACGAAGACGAAGGAUCAACUCCAAGUGGUGACAAUGCUGACCGAUCGUUGGCAUCCACCUUGGGUGGCAGUUCCGAAAGUAUACCGCAGCAAACGUCUUCAACGUUCCUGCAGGCCGCACUCGACGGACCGGCCAGUCUUUCGGAUAAAGAACGAGUUCAUAGCCGAAAGAGCAUCAGCGCGAUGCACAACAACGAUGCCAAAAUCACGACUAGCAUUUCCAAAUCGUACGCCAACAACAAGAAGGAAGAACUGAUGAAAGUAAUUAAUGAGGCCAAAGCAAAGCUGGAAAAUGAAAUUCAUAUUCAUAGUAAUCGUGACGCUAGUUACUCAUUAAACCUAGUUCGUCCUAAGGUUGGAUACCGGUCCGGUCUGCGCGCUAGUCAGAGCAUAUCCGAUCUAAGUCACUCGAUGGGACCCGGCGGCGGUAUUGGUCGAAUGCAGCGGAUAGGUGACCCAUAUUCCUAUCGUAACUAUCCACCUCCCCCGGUGCCAAGUAAUCAUAACUAUUUGAAUUGUGCUGCUCCUCGUUCUCGCUUAGUCCAAAAUCACGCUAUGAUCAACCUAUUUCAGCAAGAGCUCCCACCUUAUCCGAGAAACAUAGGGAUCUAUCCCAGAUCCGAAGAAGAUGACAACAGCAGUGAAGAGGAGAACACACUUGUGAGACCCGAUAAACUGGAGCUUCCAGAACUUCCACCGGUUCCUGCUGACAAACUCCGUAAACAUCCUGGGAUAUUGAAAAAUUACAAAUCCUGUCCAGUAUCACCAGUGCACGAGGAACAGGAGUGGAGUAUGAUUCAGUCGAAUCUUGAUACAGAGGUGGAACCGUCCAAAGAAGGUUCGAAUCUACGAUCGCAUCGACAAGGUCGCCAUUCAAUGUACUAUGAAGAUGCCAAAACGAUCCUCGAUAUGAUCCACUCGGACACGGAAAAAAUGAUUCAGGAAAUUACCAACAAAUACGGCGACUUGGAUGAUUUGCAACCUCGUAAAUCCACUCAGGAUCCUCAACCUCCCAUCGCAGUGAACUGUGAACCCAAACGUUUGGAAAAAGUUAACAAAACACUAGAAGGCCUAAAGAACACUGCUCGAAAAGAGCGACACGAGCAUGGAUUCCUCUCCGAGGAUGACCCCAAUUUUAGUUCCGAUUCGUUAGAAGACUGUAGUCUAGACUUAGAUCUAGGAAAGACUGAAAAAGGUAGCAGCAAGCGAAACACCUGUGCCAAACACCAGAAACCCCCUCGGACGACGGAAUCACUGCCAAAACGAUCCGUCUCGGAUUACUUUAUCUACGAUAGCUUCCAACCAGCACCGUAUCGAAAUGUUUCUCUCUCUGAUAUUCUGGAUGAGGACAAGCGGACAGCUGAAAACCGCUUUUUGGAAACCCAACGCCACUCCAGUGCCAGUUUCUUCCUUGGACAGCAGUACCCUGAUCGGAAGAGUCAAGAAAGCAUACUGUCUGAUGAAUUCGGCAGUGGUGGCGUCAGUUAUUGCAACAGCAUGGAGAGUAUCUUAUCGGAUGAUUCUGAAUGCAAAUCUGCACCUCUGGAGGUUCUUUUCGAAAAAAUUAAGCGCGAUCGCUUCUAUAGUAACUAUGACUGCAAGUUGGAUGUAGGAAGUAACUCCAAGUCUUAUGGGUCGAGUCCAAACGCUGUCAGUGGAUUCGAUUACUUUAUGCAGGGUAACUACUUCAAUCAAACGUGUCAAGAUGGCUACGCUGUCGAAAAUUUCGAAGCUAGUCGACGGAUUGCCGAGUCGCGAUCACCUCAGCAUAAGCGCCACGGUGUGCCUGGUAUGCCGACCUCCAUUAGCUAUCCACGUUUCAUAUCAAGUUCUGCACGGGCAGCAGCGGCCUCGUCUAUUAUCGAGCAAUCACCCGAAGAAGACUUCAUUCCCUCGUUAACCUCGAAAGCCGCCCAAUACGGAGGAGGUACUGUUAAAAGCCUUAGCAAAGACUUUGCCAACCAGCGUAAGCAGAUGAAUUCCAACCCGUUGUACAACUGCGAAGGAAACGAACUGUUCGUCCGCAAAACGUUAAAUGCAACGAAUCAGGUCACUCGAUCGGACAUUUUCGGCACCGAGUCUUCCGUGUACGUAAUGAAGAAAUCCUGCAGCUUUGAAAUUGAAAUGGGUGGCCGAAGAAUAGCUCGUAAUUCGAAAAAGUUUGAGCAAAAUUUGCAAAGGUUCGAACAGGAGCGACAGCUGUCCGAUCGCUACCAGCUCGGCGGCACAUUAGAAAUGGAUUACGUUCCACAUAAACCUCCGGUAGCUCAUCGAAGGUCCGCUAGUAUGAAGGGUCGUGGUAGAGUAAGGUCAAAAGAAAAGUUCAACACCAUCAUCGGGCAAAUGUCAGCUUCUUCGGGGUUCGAAGACAACAAACUGCGAGAUUUCGUGAACAAAGACUAUAUGCCGAAGGAUCUCGGUGUUGCCGGAUGCUCCCGAAUGAAGACCAAGGAUUCCAAUGACGAAAAGUCAUUUGAAAUUUAUGUAGCUGAGAAAGGAGUUUGCGAAGACGACAAUAUGGAUAGUUUAGAGUUACUCUCCAAGCCGGACAUGCGGAGGGAGCAUUCAGUUGAUUCACUAGAUGAGCCGCACAACCAACGACAGAAACAUUCCCAAGAUGGUAGAGAACCUCCAGAGAAGGGUAAAACCGAAUUAGAAAAGCUGAUUGACUUCAAUCUGAUGUCAUCGGCGGAGUACAGUAAGUUUCUGGACAUCGAGAAGAAGAUUGAUAUUAUCAACAAGCUGGUGGAAAUGGAAGAACGCAAACUGGAACAGGAACGACAAGCCAAGGAGAAUCGCAUGAGACCUUUUGAGUGCGAUUCACGGCAGAAGGGUUAUGUGAAGAGUUUGACGGAGAACUUCGACAAGUUGGCGAAGAACGCACAGGAAGAGUUGGAGAAUGAGAAGUGUUGGCAUAUGACGGUGCGAGCCAAUAUGAAGCGAAAUUUCAGUCUGCCGGACGUGUUGGAGGGCGCCAAGUUUCAGGCGUACGAUUUCGAGGAUGGUUUUAAGCAGAAGGAUGAAGAUGAACUGUCGGAAAAGGAUGAGCACUCGCUGGGAUACAUGGAUGGAGAAGGCGGUAAUCCCCGAAGCUUAAUCUCUGCGCACGAUAGUGAUGAGUCAUCGAUUAGACGUGCUUGCUCGCUUAGUGAUUUGAGUAUGGGAAAAGCUACCAACUACAAGCCAGUGCCAAGUAGUCGUGGGUCGGUUCAGCAGCGAAAUGUCCCGAAGCGAAGUACAUCGUCGGUUGGUAAAGGAGGCGCUUCCCUUUCAUCUGGAAUGGGAGUACGGAGUGUCUCCGUUGGCAUGCUGAAUCAAGCGAGUGACUCUGAACCCGAACCACCGACCCGGGGUGGUCUGAUGAAACCAACAAUCAGUUCCCAAAACAAAGUCAAUGGUACCAACAACGAAAAGGGCGGAAAGUACGUCAAUCCCCGCAGUGCAGCCGGAAUCAUCAAUCGACGGAAGGGCCUCCAGAGUGCCUACAGUAGUGUGAACAUCGCCUCAGCGGCGCAGGAUGAGUCCAGCUCGGAGGAAUCGCCUACCAGCACGGUCAGCACGGUGACGCAGAAACCGGCCGUACCUCCACGGCCGCGAAGUAUCGCUCUGGAACAUAAGCGGAUAGCGAACGUGAAUGCCAGCUUGAAUGCGAAGAAAACGACUCCCUCUUCCAAUAUGGAGAUGGAGACGAUGAUCAAGGACGGUGAUUUGGAUAAUGCCGACCUAACGAAUCAACUGUGUUCCAACAUUAUCAAUCAACUGGUACAAACAACGACCUCGGUUAUUCAGCUGCAUCAGCGGUUAAAGUCCAACGAUGAGUCCGGCGGUGGAAGUGGACGGAACAACUCUCUCAUGAUCAAGGAGCUGGAGAAUGCAGUCAUCAUGACGCAGAAUAUGCUGACAAAGGUUACGAAUCGAAACAUCGGCGGGGACAGCAUCAACCUAAACAACAGUACCAGCAUGUACGAGAAAUGCAACGACAUUCUGAAUCAAGUGCAGAAGCACGUGAACAACAACGGCUGAACAACUUAUGGAGAAGUACCAGCGGCACCAGCAGCAGUAUCAGCAAUAUCUAAGACUCGUAACUGCCCAGGAUUACACUCUUCCUAACGAAAAGCAAAAUAUCAAUCAACUCUAAUUGUGUGUAACCAUCUUCCAACCAUUUCCCCUCUUCUGUCUUUUGAUUGAUACGUCUGUUUACCUUACAGUUUAUUCGACAUCUAGUAUUUAAGUGAAACCCAAUUGAAGAAUGUGUAAACAGUGUCGUGUGUUCGUUUGUGAUGCGAAUAAAUACAAACGUGAAUGAUUGUUCAAUAUUAGAAAGAUCAGGAUCAGCUUUAAAAAACCAGAAUUGUAUGAGUGUUGUAAUAUUUGAAUUAAACGAAUGUUUGUGUGAACGAUCAGGGAAUCCUGACACAAAUGAACAUCUGUGUGUGAUAAUCUACGAGGAAGCGCAACAGUUGCUGUUGGAAUAAAGUUGAUAACAAGUUUCGUCCAGUUUAGUUGAUACGUGUAGUGCGUAGUAGCAAUUAGGUUUUAUACAGUUUUGUAGAAAUAAUCAUAACGAUUAGGUUGAUACUUAGGACAAAAAAGCCAUAUCUAGAUUUGUUAACUGAACAACGUUGAGUAGGAUCCUUCUGUUUUGUGUUAUGCCGUCGUCAGACCUUAGGAAAUGAUGAUAGGUCAAUCGUUUUAGCGCGCUUUCAGCUUCUUCUAUUUUAAACUAAAUUAUUAACGAUUACAGUCGGGAAGGGCUAUGGAGCUUUUAGUUGAUUCGGUUUUGUUAGGUUGUAUGGAUUCCAGAGGGACACACAAAGUAUGGUUAAACUAGAGAAUCCCAUUCACAGAGCACCAUUCGGGCUCGCGAAUGGUUUGGUGAUGUUCCCGUUUUUACAAGUUAAUGAAAUUAAUGUUUGCGUAUACUAGCUGUACAAUGUAGGUUCUAAUCCAAUGAAGAACAACUCGUUUAACAAGUUUCUAGUACUUUUGAAUGGUAUAACAUAUGAAGUAACAACCACACUUAAUACUUAUUAAAUCAUAUUGAUUUAUUCUACUAAUUGAUAAGUGAGCGGCAUCUUAAGACAAAGUAAAA